AUGCUCUCUCUUUCCAGGCAUGUAACUAUAAGCACGAUCUUCUAUAUAACUGUUAGUAGUACACCGCCUAAGACCAACUGGUUCCAGGCGAUUGGAGGUUGCAGUUGCGGAGCUGAAGAGACUGUGAGGCAGCGAGCGAAUGCACAGCCGGCGCUAAACAACAGCGCUCAGCGCGGGCCCCCUUAUUUACCUGUAGUUUGUCCGGUUACGGGGGGUGUCCGUGCUGGUGGGCCGGUUUUAUUCCCAAGCAAGCAAUUUUUGCUCAAACGAAGCAUUAUAAUGGGUUCACAAAAACCAAGGAAGGCAUAUUAUUCUUGGAAACUCCUUCCGAACCGCCCAGCUGCGAGGAAUGCCUAUAGCUGCGGUUAUCUAUCAGAGAUGUUUAGUAUCUCGAUGAUCGUGGUUGAUGCUCACUCCGGCAAAUCCCCGAUGCCCUCAUCAGACGCUGUGAGACCGCCACGACGUCGUCGACACCAUUCAACCAGCCUCUUAAGGACGCAAUAUUUCGACAUCACUGGUGCACUAGGUUUCUGGACUAGGGAAGCUGUUAGGAACUCGACUAUUUAUGGCCCACUCCCACGGCCAACACAGAUGGUGAUAGGCAACGUACAGAGUUGCUGUAACCAGGCCAGGCCACUAGCUACUCCGGCUCCACAGCAAUACAAUACUAUUCUGCUGCACCAUGACCAGGUUUACAGUUGCAUUUCACACUGGUGUUUCAAGGCUAUUGAGGGCCCUGUCGUAAAACGUGCUCAUAUUGUACCGAGGAGGUCUCUUAUCAGAAUCCAGAUGACCCUGGGCCUCCCUCGCAACGCAUCUGCCAUUCGUGGGGACAUACAGCAUGACCCCGGCCGGUACCGAUGGCAAUGUGACCGUUACACCCUCACUAGCUGUAGCAUCUGUUGUCGGGCGAAACUCACCGAGACGUUCACCUUGGAGGCUGCCAUGAGUUGCUCCCAUUUACUUAUGUGUCAUUUUACACCCAGGGCCAAUACCAUACUUGCAAGAGUGAGAAUUGGGAAGGACCUCGCGAACAUGCAUACUGCCAUGGGCUGCCCUCCCGUGGGAAAAAAAAUAUGGUAUCGCCGUCCAGAAGCACCACUCAGCUCCAAGCUCGUUUACAGCGACGAUGGCUGCUUCAUUCAUGUUACAAACUUAGAAAGCUCGGUUGCGUCCUCCGUUCUUCUAUUAAAUUCAAGAGCUACGAUGCACGAGCUGCGGCUUCACUACAUCUUGGACCCAAAGAAAGAAAAGUUGCUAUGCCUCAGGAGACGUCACAUUCCGACGAUACUUAGGCCAUGUUCAAAAGUGGCUUUAUUUACCAUUUCUUCUCAAGAAGAACACCGGGCAGUCAUACCCAAACAACAAUUCAAAGGCCAUUUCCCUCCAUGGAGGCUGAGAAAGCCAAGGAAGGGGAGCCCCUAUGCAUACAAUGUCGCUCAUGGCAGCAGCGGAAGGAGUUCCCAAACCUUUGAGUUUACGUGGAGGAUGGCUAAUAUGAACGCAUUUUAUGCUUUCCCAACUUGUCUUGCCAUUCCAAUUGCGACCGAUCGGUUCUUUUCGCGGAGUACCGCUCCCGGGACUGGAAACAACAACCUAGCUGAAUAUAUUCGAUUCAAGCAGAGAUUCACGUACAGAAACUAUGGGAUGCCUCAAAUCCGCACUCACCUACCAAACCGGUCAAAUGAAUUUGUCCUACCCGACCUGUGCGGAUGCUCUCUCAGCGAUUUCGACCAGUUUCUUGCUCUGAGAAGGCGCGCUAGAUACAGAACGCUUCCUUAUGUCGAUCUGGACAACGUGGUGUUGGAGAAAGCCGAGGGAGAUGAUUUAACGGAGGAUAUGGAAGAUAGAGAGGACUCAGCUAAUGUCUAA